UUUACUUCCGCUAAAACAGAAACUACAAACAAUAAGGGGGAAGGGCAUGAACUUAGUUAUUUUUUACACGUGACAGGAAUAAAAAUGGUAAAAUUAAACGAAUUAUUAUGAUAGAAUUAAGAAACGUGUGCAACAUUGUUGCUGAUGCUGCGAAUUAUGUAUCAAGGCGGAGGCGUGAAAGACGCCUCCCCUCAACAGCAAAAGAUAGUGAGCACCCAAGAAUUUUGAACCAAGAGAAGAACGGAAUAAUCCUGUUUACCUGGGACGAUGUCACACAAACAAGCAAGGGAGCCAUAUGUACCCAUGUAGGAUUGUAUGACCCAACAAAAAAAUCACAUGAGGUGAUUUGGGUUUACAAUCAGAGGGCCAGAAUAGUUUCCUGUUCCUUAAACCAAGGGAGGUCACUCCUAGCAUUCACAGUAAUUGGCAGGGAUGACUCUUUCACAGCCAAAAUUCCAGGCAAAGAUGUCUACAGUGUGUUCCUGGCAGAAACUCAGGCUACCAGCACCCGAGUUUUCUCCCUUAACCUGGAGCGACAACACUUUAUAAAGGUCCAGUUUUUGUAUGACAGCCAGACAUCUGACCGCGAGUCUCAUCUAAUGGUCAUGCUGCACAGGGAAUCUGUUGGACUGUAUCAUAUCAGGCUAGGCAGAGUUGGGGAGAAGGGGGUGGUGAUGAGGGACCAGCCAAAGACUGAGCAGUUAAUUAAGCGUUUUUUCUGGUGUCAGUGGGACGUGCUUCACCAGAGACUGUACUACCUCCAGUACGUCAAGCGCGGGGAGGGGGACAAGGCCCGCAUCACCCCCAAUGUCUCCUGUAUACAGUUCUACCAGAACAGCCAGCAUGAUAACAUUCUGGAUAUACCAAUAGAAUUUCCUUUCCCACACAUAAAGACUAGCUCAAAAUUUCAUUAUUCAAGUGAUCAUUUGGAUUGUGGAAUUCCUGAUUCAUAUCUCAAUAUGGUUGUGCUUACAUUGGCCAAUGGAACAUUUUGCAUCUGUUACCAAAAGAUGUCCUCACCUUACACAGUAGAUAGACGGUCACCGGUCAAACGGGCCAAGGUAUCGCCCGGUCCUAACCCCUCACCCCUGAGUGCCCAUAGUUUAUCAGAAUCUGAUGAAGAGACUGUUGACCUUAAUUACUAUAUUUGUAUGGUGCAUCACGCCAAAACUCUGCAUGGUUGUGUAACUGGGCUUCCAUAUUCCCGCAAAUACAGACUUCACUUUUCCUGGCAUGGAGACUAUCUGAUGGUGCUGUUGCCCGGCCAUUUUGUACAUCUUCUCAAUGUUGGAAUUGAAUUUGAACCCUGUCAACAUAUUCUUCUUCACGAACGCAGUAUCCAUGGAAACAUCACUUCUAUACAUAAUAGUGGUGACAGUGGUGUUACCAUGGUUACAGGAAGUGGGGAUUCACAUGACACUUCUGCAGCAGCCAUUUUGGAUGUGUGUGUAUUGUCACCAGCUGCAGAAAAAUUAAACAACCUGUCCAACAGUUGUUUAUAUGAAAUACAGAGAGAUUCUCCUAUGGGAACCUGUUUCUAUGACAACAGUAGCGGUGAGGUGUGGAAGGUCCACGUUAACAUGGAGACGUUAAUCCAGGUGUUUGUCCACUGUUACAUGUCCACCACCAGGGCGGCGCUGUUACAUUACGUACUGACCAGGACCCGUGACUUCUUCCUCAUCAAAAGGCUCUUUGAAAUGCUUAGCAAUGACAUACCAAGUAGUGAGGUACCUGCACUAAUGGCCGAAUUUCUUAUUGUCACCACCUACUCCAGUAUGAGGCGACAGUUUGACAGAGAAAUCCUGAAGCUUGUUCCUUUUACUGCUUCUGACACAUUCAGGGGACAAUUUGAGAAGAGCUAUGAAGGGGAGAGAAUUGCCCGGAUAUCCUAUUCCCCGUUGGUCUGCGUGAACAUAGCCUCUAAGUCCGCCAAGGACAGGACCCGUAAACAAGGCAGCGUGGGAGACGACCUCUGGGAUAUUCUGAGACAUCACCUGCGCUGGAUGCAGAUAGAGGAACUCGUACGAUUCUCCCACAAAUCUGUGAAAACGCUGAUGGAAGCAAGAGCCCAGAGCAGAAAUAAGGAAGGAGCUGGCCAGGGUACCAAGUCAGAGGACCAGUUUUUCUUUUCCUCCCUCCAUGGGCACAAGUCAAGAUCAAAUAGAUCGGAGUCCCCGGCCCCUGGAACCACAACAUUCAACAACAACAUGAAGCGUGUGAGGCCAGACACAGUGUUAGGGACAGCUCCACCAUUUCUACAGGGAAACAACAUCUCCAAAUGCUCAGAAACGGCUAUGGAUAUGACUAAAGAAUUGUUCACCACUCAUUUAAACAAGUAUUUAAGGAAAGAAGCGAGGUCAAAAGGUCAUUCAGUUGCCAAGGAAUACAUAGCUUGUCAGAUACAGCAGUCCAGACAACUCUGUCAUCUCCUGUGGAAUCUUCGAGGUCCUCUCCUCCCCUACACUGACUUAGACUUCCUACCUAACCUAACUGACCCAUCGUCUGAUGAUGAGUACGAAUUGUUCCAGCUGUUUGAGAGAUAUUAUCAGACAUGCCAGGAUUUAUCAUUCCCUCUUCCUCAAGGUUUUGUUUCAUACUUCACAGCUCUGGGUUACCGAAAUUUAAAUACCAGUCUGUUCCUGCAGUAUGUUGAUCAUGGAGUCCUUCAACUUACAGGAGAAUUCAUGGCUCAGGUUCUAGCAGACAUUCAAGACACCAAGGAAGGUGUGAGAAUAAAACAACAAAUAAUUUCCAGAUUACCUCAGAACCUGGCAGAGGAGUGUUAUAGAGAGUGGAACAACCCCCUGUGUCACAGGUACUUCGCCCACAAACAGGUGUCCAGCAUCCUCCAAGAUUCUAACAUCCAACAGGAGCGCAGUAGAAAAUUAUCUGAUUACUCCUAUAUGGCCAGAGACAGAUCCGAGAGUUCAAACUCAAGCUUGGCUGAUGUCUCCUUUCCACCAUUGGCCUCUUUCCUUCAUUAUCUCGAAACUUUAGACACAACUAAACAGACCCAUACCCAGAAUCCAUUAGAUGUGAACUUCCUGUCUGACGUGGCUCUAUAUCACACCAAAAAGGAGAACAAAUAUGACAUGUCUACUGUCAACUUCUAGUCCUUACUGAAAUGUUUCCUUAAAACUAGUGAUCAAGGACAUUUCAUUCAAAUUAGAAUAGUAGUCAACAUUUUUUAUUUGCCAAGAAAUUUUCAUUUGAUCGUCUUCCAAAGACAAGGUUUUGACUUUAUCAUGUUAUAAAUUUUGAAUUUACCAGGGGGAGGUAGAAGCAAAAUGCAAAGUUAGUUGUAAUUGUGGUGUGUUGUUUUGCAUUUACAUGUACCUCCAUAAGUAAAUAAAAAAUUUGCAAUAUGAUAAGUUUCUGAUGCAUUCUUCUACUAUGGAAUGGAGCUGAUCAGAAAUCUUUGACAUUGGAAGAUCUGGUUCAUGUAUGUUAUCAAUGUGAUAAUUUAAUAAGCUUGACUCGGGAGAAUCUGGCAUAUUUUACUAGUAUUGGACUUUUAGAGAAGCACUGACUUUUACAGUUGACUGUUUAUUUGGACAUUUAAACAUUCACAUCUACGGAAGUACAUAAUUGAUAAUGGAAAAGAAAACUUUUCUAGUGGUUAUGGUAAUUGUGUUAGGGGCACUUGUAUGUGAAGGCCUGGAUUUGAGGGUAAUAUGGUUGUCGUUUUCUUCAAGGACAACUUAUCUGUGCUUUGAAAUAGCCCAUUUUUUUUUCAUUGAAUUAAAUGUUGAGCUAAAUUAUUAUAUCGUAAAAGAGGUUACGUACAUUGUCCUAGUGUGAGAGUAAUUCAUCAACCAUAAAAGUCCGUGCUUCUCGUAAAAGUCCUUUAGUGAUCCCUUGAUAUGAUGCAGUCUGUGAUGCUGGUUGUUUAAAAUAUUACUUUAAAUUUAUGAUGGGAUAUUUGUGCAAUAUUAUAACCAUUGUUGUUGAUUAAAUUGUUUUAUUUUA